CACGGGGAAAAGUUUACCAUCGAGCCCAGGGUGUUCAACGAUGCAUCGACAACCUAUUCCUUUAGUCGACCAAUGGUAAAUCCAACGAUGCAGUCGAUGUCUGCAAAGGAAGGCGACGCUUUAGAAGUCGCUGUCGAAUUUUGUGCAGAACCGUCUUAUACGAAGCUCCUCUGGCUGUCUUCCGAGAGUGUCUAUGUACCCGGGGGCAACACCCGAGAUGAUGUUCGAGUCUUAGAAGUCGAGAAUGGUGAAAUAGAAGCAUGUUUCAAAACAACAUUACAAAUUGACGCCGUCCAAUUGUCACAUUCAGGCGAGUGGACGCUGAUUGUUCGUUCACCUGCUGGCGUCGCUGACGCAUCUGUGUUAGUAAGCGUCACACGUACAUCUAGUUUUAAUUGUGACUGCAUUUCCACUAGUAAUAUUACAACAUUGUUCCUUUGUCUGGUAUUCAUCACACUCUAUUCUCAAAAACGUUAAUUCAACACCACUUUGUUCAUGUAACCACAAGUCUUGCUACUCUUGGCUUUGGGAAUUCAACGCACUUAAUUUUAUUCAACCGUUUCAUUCAAUUACGCGAGAAGCAAAUCGAUUUUAAAGGAAAUGAUACAAUUAUAGCUAUAAAGUCGAAAGGAGAUGAUCUUUCAAUAUUUAACUAUGUUGAUUAGUUUUAUUAAACUUAAAUUGUAAACAAUAAAAUAAUUUCACUUAACUAAAAAUUGUUUACUAUUUGAGAUUGGUGAAACAUAUAAAUGAACGACUUGUUUAUUAUCACUAGUGUAAAUAAUUGUAUAAAUAAUUUAUA